AUGUCUGAGAAAACGUCCAGCAGUCAGAGCAUCAGUGCUUCGCCUAAGAAGUCUAGCAGACUAUCAUCUUUCAAGAGAUACUUUGCGUACUUCGAACUGCUCUUCGCAGCUCAGCCCUCAUGGAUAGAUGUUGCACUCAUUAUCUGUGGCACUCUUGCCGCGGUCGGUGCUGGCAUUCCCUUUCCUCUGAUGGGUGUUCUCUUUGGCCAGCUCAUCGACAACUUCAACAGUGCUACUUGUGCUGCUGACAGUGAUAGCUCCGCAGCUGUCGACCCGUUUCAGUAUCAGUCGACGAUCAACGACAAAGUGAUCCAGACGGCUUGGAUUGGUGCCAUCUCGCUCGUCCUCAUCUACAGUCACUUGACAUGUUGGAAUAUCAUCAGCCAACGCCUGGCGCAACGAUUGCGUACUCGAUAUGUUUCCGCUCUACUCCGCCAGCCCCCGGCGUUCUUUGACGCGCGUGGAGCUGCUGGCCAAGUUUCAAGUCGACUGAAUGGGGACAUCACCGCGGUCCAGGCAGGGACGUCAGAGAAGGUUGGAAAUGUCCUCACAACACUUAGCUUUUUUGUAACAGUUUUCAUUAUUGCCUUCUCCCAGCAGCCUCGUCUCGCUGGCAUUUUGGUGUGCAUGCUUCCAGCUUUCCUUGUUUCAGGCAUUCUGGGCGGCAAAUAUCUUGGGAAAUAUGUGGUACACCAGAUCAGAGAGACCUCUGCGGCAUCAUCCAUUGCAUCUGAGGCGUUGUCCCAUAUUGCUGUGGUUCAGACUUUCGGAGCUGCCACUCGGCUGGAAGCGAAGUUCGCAUCUCACAUGGCCAAGGCAAAGAAAUUUGCAACCACCAAAGCAUCGAUCGCUGCUCUCCAGACGGGGCUGCUUUACUUUAUCGCCUAUUCGGGAAAUGCACUGGCGUUUUGGCAGGGAAGCAUUCGGAUCGCAGAGUCGGUAGCCAAGCAGGAUGGCAGUGCAAGUGUGGGACAGAUAUUCUCUAUUGUUUAUUUGCUUGUCGACGCGUGUGUAAUGCUGGGAGGAAUCGCACCGACGCUCCCGUUUCUCGGCGCCGCCAUCAGCGCAUAUGAGAGACUCCAAGAGGAUAUAUCGACGCCCUCCGCCAUCGAUGGCACCUCCAAUGAAGGACUGGUUCUCCCUUCAAGCACUGCUAAGUCGAUUGCCUUCCGCAAUGUAUCAUUCGAAUUUCCUUCCCGGGCCGGACACCCAGCUUUGCAACAGGUGCAACUGGACUUCCCUGCAGGGACGUAUACUGCGAUUGUGGGAUUGUCAGGAAGUGGGAAGUCUACGAUAGCAGCUCUCAUGGCUCGUCUGCAUGAUCCGACCGAAGGGCACGUCGAGAUGGACGGCUACGACCUACGAAAUCUCAACGUUCGGUCAGUCCGAAGCUUCAUUAGUUUCGUCCAGCAAGAACCGUCUCUUCUCGACCGCAGUGUCUUGGAGAAUAUUGCUCUUGGCCUCGUCAACUCGUCCAAGCCUGCCCAUGAACAUCUCAAGCCAUUCCUGAACAGCCCGACGCUCGCUAGCCUCGUAGACAAAAGUAAAGGCAGGGACGCGUUUUCUGCCAUGUCGUCUCUGGGACCGGAGCUAGCAGAGAUCGCAGAGCUAGUUCGUCACGCUGCUGAGCAGGCCGAUGCAGCAACCUUCAUCGAGCGCCUGGAGUCAGGAUAUGGCACAUCAGCUGGCCCUAGUGGUUCGCGCUUGAGUGGAGGUCAAAGACAGAGGAUCGCACUUGCUCGAGCCUUGAUCCGCGACCCGGAAAUUCUUGUGCUCGAUGAAGCAACAGCUUCUCUGGAUUCGGUCAGCGAAAAAAAGAUUCAGAUCUCAGUAGAGCGUGCGGCGGCUGAGCGACGUACUGUUAUUUCUAUUGCUCACCGACUCUCGACGAUUCGUAAUGCCAACAACAUCAUCGUGAUGCAGGCUGGCCGUGUCAUUGAGCAGGGAACGUACGCUGAGCUCAUGGCCCAGGAGCAAAGUGAAUUUGCUCGAAUGGCCAAAUUGCAAACUCUAGGAGCUGCCAGCCAGCCUGGUGGAGGGUCUAUCUCGGGUGACUCAAUUGAUGCGUCAACCCUCCGAGGGGACCAAAGCCUUGAGACCACACAGGAUGAAGGACCCGGCAAGCAGCAAACCGAUGAGAAGACUCCCGUUGCUGACCAGAAGACACAGAAGGAAGAGGCUAAGGACUCUGAGCUAGAUGUCGUCAAGCCCUUCAGAUCCGUCUUGCGAGGCGUCGCUUCCCUCAUCCGACCAUCGCUUGGAUGGUUCACGAUCGCAAUGGUUGCAGCCGUUUUCGUCGGAGCCACGUUCACUGGUGCUGGUGUCAUCUUCGGCUUCACAGUCCGCGCCCUGAACCCAUGUGAGAGCACCAUCGAGAAGAUCCGGUCCAUGGGUCGUCUGUUUGCUGGUCUGUACUUCAUGUUGGCGGGUGUGGAAUUAGUCGCGAACUUCCUCGCCUGGUUUGGGUUUGGUACCAUUGCCGAAAGACUACUCUACAACCUCCGCGUCCUCUCGUUUCGGUCGCUUCUUGAGCAAACUCUGAACUGGCACCAGUCGGAUGGCAGAGACCCAACUAGCUUGCUUGGUGUCAUCACAAAAGACAGCGUGGCAGUAGGUGCAUUCUCGGGAUCAACCUUUGGAACAAUCUUUGCCGUUUGCAUGAAUGUGUUGAUCUCCAUCGUCGUAUCGCAUAUCUUUGCGUGGAAGAUUGCCUUGGUAUGUCUCACCACCGUCCCGAUACUUUUGGGCGCUGGAUUUAUGCAACUCCGGAUGCUUGCCCGCUACGAAGAGCGCCAUCGUAAAGCGUUUUCCACAGCAACAUCGCUUGCUACCGAGGCCAUUCAGUCGAUAAAAACAGUCGCAGUACUCUCUCUGGAACAAGAAUACAUGGAAUCAUUUAUUCGCCUGCUACUUCCUCCAGAGAAGCAGGUGGUGCGCGCCUCGGUGGUGACCAAUGUCUUCCUUGCCAUUUCCUACUCGGCGGGCAUCUUUGUAAACGCUUUAGCUUACUGGUGGGGUUCGCAACUCAUCAUGAAAGGACAGUACACACAAACAGACUUCCUCAUUAUCCUAGUAGCGAUGUUGACAAGCGCGCAACUUUGGAGCAGCAUGUUCUCGCUGGCCCCCGAAUUCUCUCGCGCACGACUUGCAUUAUCUCGGGUCAUGACGGUUGUCAAUUUGGGAUCUAGUACCCAUACCGGGGAUGCGCAUGAUCCGGCAAAGACCAGCGAUGACUUGGAAGCGGAUAUAAAGACAAGUAAUUGCGCAGUCAACCCAUCCCGCGGCGGCUCCAGCGUUGCUUUCAAGAACGUUUCGUUUGCGUACCCAAAUCGCCCUGACGUCACAAUCCUGGACAGCGUAACGUUCACACUGCCCCCGAACAAGUUUUGUGGACUCGUGGGACCCUCAGGAGCCGGGAAGUCGACGAUUAUGAAUCUCGUACAGAGACUGUACUCCUCAACUGAGGGUCAGGUUUUCAUCGACGGACGGGAUAUCUCUCAUCUACCGCUUGCCUUCCGUGAAACCAUGGCCAUAGUCCCCCAGGAUCCUGCUCUGUUCGACGGCACUGUCCGUUUCAACGUGGCGCUGGGAGCUCCACCAGGACAUGAAGCUACUGAUGCUGAGAUUGAAGAGGCAUGCCGCCUUGCCAAUAUUCACGACGUGAUCGCUGCACUUCCUGAUGGCUACGAUACUGAAUGUGGAGCUUCCGCGUCGUCACGGUUCUCAGGAGGACAACGACAGCGCCUUGCUAUCGCACGCGCUCUUGUACGUCGCCCUCGUUUGCUUCUCCUUGACGAGAGCACUAGCGCUCUGGAUGCAGCUAGCGAGGAGGCUCUUCAACGCGGACUAGAAGAAGCGGCCCGGGGGACGACGGUUCUAGCCAUCACGCAUCGCCUUCAUACUGUACAGAGAGCGGAUGUAAUCUUCGUUGUUGAGGGUGGUCAGAUUGUUGAUAGCGGAAAUCAUGCAGAGUUGAUGGAGAGGAGGGAGAGCUACCGCCUCAACGCGAUGCAACAGCUUUUAGCCUAG